UUGAAGUGCAGUUGUUGAAUUUUGCGGACUUUGGUUGUUGCUUAUUCUGCCUGAAAAGUGAACGGCGGGCACAUGCAGACAUUGGGUACCCCUCCACCCACGCCUGCUUUUGAAAACCGCGCCCGUCUCCUGAAAGUAUUGUCUGUUUCGUAUAACCGUUUAUCUUGCACUUUAGGGGACAUUAUAUUCAGGCCAACCUCAGCGGGAUGCUCAUCAGCUGAGCAAAGUUUCGGUUUUGCGGGUUAUGCAAGAUCUAAGGAAUUGUCGCUCCCUUAUCGUUGUGGGUUCAGUAGUUCGGACCAGCCUCACCUAGAAGUAGGAAAGAGCUGUCUCCCUAAAAAGCUAGAGGAAGUAAACGAUUGAAGCAAACUGUGGACCCACUGAAUAUUGGACUAAGAGAUCAGAGAAGGCAUAGCAUUCCUAAAGUGUAGCUGUUCUGAGUUUACUGGGUUGAAGCAACGGACAUCCAACCAUGUCAAUAGCCCUGAAGCAAGUAUUCAAUAAAGACAAGACCUUUCGGCCAAAGAGGAAAUUUGAACCAGGUACUCAAAGAUUUGAACUCCAUAAGAAAGCACAGGCCUCAUUAAGCUCAGGAGUGGACCUGAAGGGAGCUGUCCAGCUACCCAGUGGUGAAGACCUUAAUGAUUGGAUUGCAGUUCAUGUGGUGGACUUCUUUAAUCGCAUUAACCUGAUCUAUGGGACAAUCUGUGAGUUCUGUACUGAAAGAAGCUGCCCUAUCAUGUCAGGUGGACAGAAGUAUGAAUACCGGUGGCAGGACGAUCACAAAUACAAAAGACCCACUGCCCUUCCAGCUCCUCAGUACAUGAGCCUAUUGAUGGAUUGGAUUGAGGUCCAAAUCAAUAAUGAAGAAAUCUUCCCAACAAGCAUUGGAAUCCCCUUUCCCAAGAACUUUCUUCAGAUUUGCAAGAAGAUUCUGUGUCGACUCUUUCGAGUCUUCGUCCAUGUUUACAUUCAUCACUUUGAUCGGCUUGGCACCAUGGGAGCAGAAGCACAUGUUAAUACCUGCUAUAAACACUUUUAUUACUUUGUAACAGAAUUUAACCUUGUAGACCGCAAGGAAUUAGAACCUUUGAGACAGCAAAGUUGGAGGCUGGAGGGCAACCAAAUAUCAGUGACAAGAUGACCAGGGCCAUAUUUGGUUGCAGUUGAACCUUCACCGUGGACUUCCUAACUUGUUGCCUUCUCACCCUCUUGACGGGAGGAAAUCAGAUCAGAAAGGAGAGUGGAGGAAAGUAAAAUUAAAGGCUGCAUUUGCUGACACCAGCUAUUGCUCAUUAUGCUUCAUUUUGAAUUGCAUGUAUACAUACAAAUAGGCUUAGGGGUCAUGGCCCAGAGGUUGGGAGACAUCAAAUCCCAGGAAGUGGGAGAAGGAGUAGAGGUCAGUACCAGGAACCUGGUUUGACAGAGGUGAGGGUGGAGUGUGGAGACCAGGACUGGGAUGGAGUAUAUGGGGUGGUUUUGUGAUGUUCCCAUGGGUUUGCUGCUUUUGUCCUUCUAGGUAGUACUGCUAUUGGGUUUAGAAGAGGCUGUUGAAGAAUGCUUGACAAGUUGAGAAUUGGGAGGUCAGUUCCCAACUGUUGAUUUGCUCUUUCUCUGGACAAUAAUAAUAACAGGAUGUUGACUGGGAGUUCUGGUGUUGGUAAUGGCAUUGAAGAUCAAGAGGUGAUGGUCAGAUUAUCUCUUGUUGGAUAUGGCUUUUGUCUCAUACUUACAUGGCACAGGUGUUACUUGCCACUUACCAACCAAGCCUGAAUGUUGUCCAGGUCUUGCUGCAUAUGGACAUGGACAGGUUCAGUAUCUGAAGUAUUGCAAAUGGUGCUAAGUGUUGUUUAAAGAUCAGUGAGCAUCCCUACUUCUGAUCCAAUAUGAAACAAACAUCAUUAAUGAAUCAGCUGAAGAUGGCUGGACCUAAGGCACUAUCCUGAGGAAUUCCAGUGGCGAUGUCCUGGAAAUGAUUUGCAUGUGAUGUUUUGUCAAACGUAAGACCCAUAUCUCCUGACUCUCUAGUUUGAAUUGAACCUGGCUCUGCAGAUGGGCUGGGAGACAGAGGGAACCAGUAAGAUCACAGAAAACUUUUUAAUUUAACCUUCUGCAUCAUGAGGCCAUUAGGAGCAGCCUAGGGUGUAAGGAUUUAGGAGGCAGUUAAAAGACUAAAGGCAAGAAAGAUAGCUACAGUGAUGCCAACAAUUCCCCAGAUAGGUAGCCUUUUAGCUUUUCCUUCAGUUUUAUAUCUUUGCCUGCUUGUAUGAGGCCCCUGGACCACAUCUUGGCUCAGCACUAACCAUUGCUUGGCUGCUAUCCAUCCAAUUGGCCAUGCUUGACAGGAUGGUAAUCCUGGUGGCAGGCACAGAAUUUGUUGCCACCUGUGAAAUACAGGGGAAGCCCCACCACUCACCCAUAUGCAACCUAAUGACGUCAGGACAUCUACAUUGACAGCAAUGUCCUGAUCUAUAAUUUACUAUACAAAAUGAAGUUUGACAAGACACCAUUCUUCUAACAUUGCACGUUGGGUGUACAUACAUUACAUUAACUGCAGCACUUCAAGAAGCUGGUUCAUCUUCUCAAAGCUAAUUACAGAUGAUGUACCCCCCAACAGUCACAUCCUACGGAAAAACUAAAAACAUGUCCAUAUACUUCCCUGCUUUAUCCUCCCUGGCACAGUUCAUUUCUCACAAUUUUGCCCUAGAAUGUGGAGCCGAGUUUCCCACUUGAGAUCAGCAGGUUUUACUGCUCAGAUGUUCAAUU